AGAUGGCCCAACGCUGGCCUGGCUUAGAUUGGCGCGUCUUUGCUCUUGCCACGCCCCCUCUGCGCUAGGAUUGGCUCCGUACUGGGUGCCCGCCCACCCGCCGCCGGACAUGGCGUCUCAGCUCAGGCUCCGCUCCGCGCUGGCCCUGGUCACAGGCGCGGGUAGCGGAAUCGGCCGGGCAGUCAGUGUGCGCCUGGCCAGAGAGGGGGCCACUGUGGCCGCUUGCGACCUGGACAGGGCGGCGGCCUGCGAGACGGUGUGGCUGCUGGGCGGGCAGGGGAGCGAGGAGGUGGCGCCCGGCGGCACCCACGCCGCCUUCCAGGCUGACGUGUCUGAGGCCGGGUCGGUCAGGCGCCUGCUGGAACAAGUGCAGGCCUGCUUUUCUCGCCCGCCAUCUGUCGUCGUGUCCUGUGCGGGGAUCACCAGGGAUGAGGUUCUGCUCCGCAUGUCUGAGGAUGACUGGGACAAAGUCAUAGCUGUCAAUCUCAAGGGCAUCUUUCUAGUCACUCAGGCUGCAGCCCAAGCCCUGGUGUCCAGUGGUUGCCAUGGGUCCAUCAUCAACAUCAGUAGCAUCGUAGGGAAGGUGGGGAACAUGGGACAGACAAACUACGCAGCAUCCAAGGCCGGAGUGAUUGGGCUGACCCAGACUGCAGCUCGGGAGCUUGGACGACAUGGGAUCCGCUGUAACUCUGUCCUCCCAGGGUUCAUUACAACACCCAUGACACAGAAAGUGCCACAGAAAGUGCUGGACAAGAUGUGGCAGAUGUGGUCGCAUUCUUGGCGUCUGAAGACAGUGGAUACAUCACAGGGGCCUCAGUGGAAGUCACUGGAGGUCUUUUCAUGUAACUGCCUCACGGACCCUGGACUCUGCUUACUCCCCCACCACUCUACCCGGCCUCCUGCUGAUGAGGACUCUGAGUUCCCAGGCUACAAAAGGGGUGGCAGUGUAUGGCUCUGAAAUGCUGAAUAUGGGAGGCAGGGGUGCUUGUGACCCUAAUAAAUUCCAAAUCCUCUUCCCUGCCA